AUGAACAUCAAUGAGUAUUCACAUCAUCGAAAUAUCGCCACUUACUACGGGGCUUUCAUCAAGAAAUUGCCUUCAUCGACCGGAAAGCUGGACCAGUUGUGGUUGGUGAUGGAAUUCUGUGGCAGCGGCUCGGUCACUGAUCUUGUCAAAAGCACCAAGAGCAAUUCUCUGAAGGAAGAUUGGAUCGCUUACAUAUUCAUUCAUCGUGAUAUCAAAGGUCAAAAUGUUCUACUUACGGAUAGCGGUGAAGUGAAACUGGUCGAUUUCGGUGUAAGUGCUCAGUUGGAUAGGACCGUUGGACGUAGGAAUACAUUCAUUGGAACUCCCUACUGGAUGGCCCCAGAAGUAAUUGCAUGUGACGAGAAUCCGGACGCUACUUAUGAUUCACGGAGUGAUCUGUGGUCGUUAGGAAUAACGGCGUUGGAAAUGGCCGAGGGCCAUCCGCCACUGGUCGAUAUGCAUCCCAUGAGAGCACUGUUCCUCAUUCCUCGCAAUGCACCACCGAGACUGAAACGAGGCAAAAAAUGGUAUGCGUCUGCUUCUCCCAACUUUCAUUUGUUGCUAAAUUGA